AUUUCUCUUUGACGCUCGUCCCGACGCAGACGUCCGCCGGUGUACAUUUCGAAGCGCUUUUCGCGGGGAAAUUCGAGAUAUCGAAACGAUAUAGUUUUUACUGGAUUUAUUAACGUUCAUAAUAUGAGAUUAUUAACAUAAAUUGACACUACAGUGAUGUGAUUUAGUUAAGCUGGAAAUAUGAACACACUGUGGGUUUUAGAAGUGAUUUUUAUAUCUAUUUUAUUUGGAGAAGUUUUGUGCCUAAAAAACGUCCUGUUGACAAUCAAUCCUCGAGUGGUGCAACGGGGAUCAAGUUCUACGCUACACUGUUCUUAUCAUCUCCAAGACGAAGCGUUAUAUUCAGUAAAAUGGUAUAGAGGGCGUUACGAAUUCUACCGCUUCACGCCUAGCGAAGAACCCAACAGCAAAAAAAUUUUUAGUUUCAAAGGAAUAAAUGUAGAUAAAAGCGCAUCGACUUCACAACAAGUUGUUCUUCGUGAUAUCGAUUUCAAUUUAUCUGGAAACUUCACGUGUGAAGUAACAACAGAUGCUUCACAUCCAACAACUGGAUUCGAUACGAAAGCUAUGUUAGUAGUUCAAAUACCCGAGUUUUCUCCAACAAUUAGCGUGUCUGGUGAACCGUUAGACUACGGGGAUAUAUUAAGGGCUAAUUGUUCCUGUUCACCCUCACGUCCAAAAACAGAAUUGACAUUUCUACUUAAUAAUCAAACGGUAGCUAAGAGCGAACCUUUACAACCCCACCAAUACCACGAAUCUGCGUGGAGCGAUCUCCAUUUAGAAAUCCAAUUGGAGGAACAACAUUUCGACGAUGGUAGAUUGAUACUCCGGUGCGUCGCCGUCAUCGAAAGUGUUUAUCACGAAGAGGCUGUGCUCAAAUUAGGAAGUGUACGUGAUCCCGUCCCAGAAAGAGUUAGUGCGUACAAUAAAGCGACCACAACUUCACAUCUUCUCAAAUUACAUACAGUGGUGAUUGUCAAUAUUUUAUUAUUAGCUUUAAGUUAAAAUGAUUCAAUAAAAAUGUCGAGGUGAUUCUUUAACUGUGUUUUCUAAUAUAGAUCUGAAAGGUAUUCACUUCAUCUGUGCGUAGAAAUCCAUUUUGAAAAACCGCGCAUCUUCCAAUACAUUAAAAUUAUAUCUAGAUCGAGUCCUAAAAGACUAAAUAAAUUUGUGUUUAUUAUCAACAACGUCAGGGAAAAUUGUUUGGAAAGUGAAGUAAAUCAGAAAAUUUGUCUAAGCAUAUUUUCCAUGCAAACAUGUCUCUACAUCCUUUAGAAACAAUAGUAGACUUCCAGCCACCAUGUCUCUUUAAAUUUGUUAUAUUUCCACCAUUAUCAGCAAAUAAAGUCUUUGAAAUUCGCAGCUGGCAAUGACCUGUGUAAUUUUUAGGAUUCGGAAUCUUUAAAAAUUCUGCAAUUGUUCCUCCUCUUGGCUUUAUAUUAUUACUCCAACUCUUUUGUAGUCGACGUUGUUUUUUACGCUGUGAUAAGCAUUCGUUGAAGUUAUCACAUAAUAGUGUGAUAUUUUCCUUUUUUUCUCGCUCUAAUAGUGUUUUUUCCGAGACUUUCUAAGAAUUUUCAUCUCUGUGAAGUCCAAGAGUUAUUUCUUUUUUGACGUUUCUUGUCUUGUUUCUGAUGUUUAGGUCAUUAAAAAUCUGAUUGUAUUUUUGUGAAAAUAUAUAUAUUUAGUAAUCUUUGAUUUCUCUGUCAUCCAUUCAUCCAUUCCGUAACUUUUGCCUAACCGUUUUUUAUGAUUUCAUCCAUUAUUAUGUUGAAUAAAAUGGAACUAAAACGCUACGAUCGCGUUCUGGGUAUGCGGAAUGGAUAUCGUUUACCUUCAUCGAAGAUUCCUUCAGAUGGAAGCAUUUGGCUUGAGACAUAACAUACAAAUUUGUAUCACCAAUCAAUACGACUGGGAUUAUCCAAGACGUCAUCUCCAUUCUAUAGGCGUUGCGGAUCCAAAUCGUCGUUGUUGUUUGGAAGAGGAAGAAGCUUUAGUAAGCAUUACUGUUUACCUAAUGGUAUAAGAAAAGUUAAACUAUGGUGGUAGGUUCAUGAGCCACUAAAUAGUUUGAAGUUGAACUUUUGCAAUGUUGUCAUUUCUCUAGUUUUGAUUUAAAUGCUACAAUUUUCCUUAUUUCUGAAUUUUUAUGAUAAAGUUAUUACAUUUUCAUGACAACGGAAAAUAUAAUUUAGAAUAUAAAUGAGACCGACAGGGAAAUAUAUCAUUAUACAACUUUCUUUAGAGCGUUAUAAAAUUUCAUUGUUGAAUAAUGUCUAACAGUUUCGUAGUUUGUUUUUUCUAGCAAAAAACUUCAUUAAUUAAAAAUAUCUUGAGGAAAAUGCUGAAUAUUCAUAUAUAUGUUGGUAGAAGUGAAUAUUUUACACAUCUAAUAUAAAUUUUAGUUUUUAAUAUUGAAGAGUUUGUUAUAAAUAUGUUAUGAACCAAAACAAAUUAUUGUUUGUUUCCGAAAAUAAAUUUUUACAAAUUAC